AUGUUCUUAACCACAUUCAUUAAAUCGCAUUUUACUAAAUUAAGUGUACCCGUUUUCAACUCUCAUUCAGGCACGAGAAUAGAUAAAUUCCUUAUUGCUGACCUCAAUCGCAGUUGGAAUGAAGUUUAGAAAUUGAUUAGAAAUGGCGAAAUUAAUGUUAAUAACAAAAAGAUUAAAGAUCACCAAUUCUUAUUAAAAGAAGGAGAUGUGGUUACAUACUGGGAUAAAUUAAAGAAAUAAGCAGACACCUAAUUAAGACCUGUUCCUAACACUUAAGCCUAUGAAGAAUUAAAAAAAAUGAUUCUGUAUGAGAAUGAUUAAAUUAUCAUUCUCAAUAAAAAACAUGGAUAUGCAUCACAAGGAGGAGCCAAUCCAAAUUACAACAUACCAGAGAUUUUAAAUUUAUAUUUUAAAAACUUCUACAUUAUUCAUAGAUUAGAUCAAUUAACAUCUGGCCUUUUGAUCAUUGCUAAAAAUAAAGAUAUCGCAACAGAAAUAAGUACGAUCAUUUAAGAAAAAGCCUUUAUCACAAAAAAAUAUAUUGCCGUGGUUUAAGGUCAAAUAAAAGUACAAAAAGGUUUAAUUGACCGUCCAUUAUUAUUUAAUACUAAUAAUCAAAAAUAAACUUGUUAUAAUGAAGAACAACUAUUAGAAGGUAAAUAUCUACCUGCAAGAACUUCUUAUGAAGUUAUCGAAGAAUAUUAAUAUCAAGAUGAAAUGUAUUCAAUCCUUGAUUUACAAAUUUUUGAAGGUCGUAAACAUUAAAUUAGAGCGCAUUUAAGCUAAGUCCUAAACACACCAAUACUAUUUGAUCAAAAAUAUGGAUUCUAGUUUACUAAAACUAAUCGUGAUUUACAGACCUCAAUAUUUGGUGAAGAUUAAGGAAUAAUGCUUUAGGCAAAAAGGAUUGUAUUUUAGAAUUUUCCUGUUGAUAUUAAUGAAUCAUUUUAUUAAAACUCAAAUGGGACAAUUAUCUAAAAAAAUGGAAAGUUAGAAAUCGAGGCUACUUUUUCUACUGAAUUUGAAUCUCUUUUUUAAAAAAUAUCAUAAUGA